AUGGGGGGUGAUCACAAGUGUCCGCUAUGUUCGGCAACUUUCACCAGACCUCAACAUGUCGGCAGACAUUUGAGAGCACAUACAGGUGAUAGACCGUACGAAUGCAAAGAAUGUCCAUUACGUUUUGCCCGAAGUGAUUUACUAUCUCGCCAUGUCAACAAAGCUCAUAAACCUCCAGAUGAGAAUGCACCACAGGAUAAGAAGACUACGAAGAAAGGUAGACGGAAAUCAUUCCCUGCGUCCGCAACAAGUAAACAGACUGUCAAUGAGAAUGAUAACAAUGGUGAACAAUCUACACCACAAGGGCAAGCACAGCAACCGAUUGGUAGUCAACAGAGAGAAAAACCUAGAAGUGCAAGUUUCAAUCAACAACCUCAACUUCAAGCUCAAAGGAUGUAUCCACAUCAUCCAUUAUUGGGUGGAUCAGCCGCUACGAUAACGGAUCAGAACUCAUAUCAAACGCAACCUCAGGCUCAAACUUGGAGCAACAACCCUUCUCAAGCUUAUGCAACUACAGCAGGAAUGACAAAUUUCUCUUCUUCACCUUAUAGUCAAACUUUUGUCAAUCCAUCAGCAGCAGCAACAACAACAACAGGAACAGGUAACCCAAAUGCUAUUCUGGGCAAUCCAUCUUACACAAAUAUGAACGUUAAUGUCCCAAUGUUCGACACUCCUUUUACUGCCGCUCCAAUGAGAAUGACUGGCUCAGAACAAGGUUACUCUUCAAUAGGUCAAGUCCCAGUAAACAAUAAUAACGGAGUAUUGUAUGAAUGGGGUUUCAAGAAGAGAGCUUGUGAUCAAUGUAAUCAUUCGAAAGUUCGGUGUGACUUUGCCGAUCCUUGCCUACGAUGCGCACAUCGUAAUAUCAAGUGCUCAUACAACAAGCCUCAAAGAUCUCGGACUAUCGGGUAUCCGCUUGUUCCAAGUCAAAGUACUGCUUCGCCAAAGAUGACUACAGGUGUCAGUCCACAAACCAGUAAUCCUAUCUCGACUUCGCCUCAGUCUCAAUUCUCUUCUCCCCAUUCGAACAGUAGUCCUAUCGCACCUACUCAGCCUUUGACUUAUCAGGCUCCAAGACACAACUCUGUGUCUUCUUACCCGGCCCACGUAUCAGUGCCUUCCGCGAACGUUCCUUUACGACAAUGGGGUAGUUAUUCUCACAUUCCCGGAGCACAGCCUCAUCUAUCCACAAACUCCUGGCAACCUAUACAGAGUGAUUUGGGACAAGGACCAUAUUCCCAUGUUCCUGCUGGAACAGCGCCAGGUAGCAUCACUGGUCAAAUCCAACAAUCUCCCGCCGCCAUCAAUACCUCUCUACAAUCAAUGCCGUCCUAUCAUACCUCUGCUCAAACGCAAGGUCAAGGGCAAGCUCAGAACGAUUCACCUCAACAAGGCUUUGCGCCGACUCCAUCUUUGACUAACAACACUAUCAGUCCGCCAGAUAUUGACGAGCCUUUUGAGAGAAGAAGCAGCUAUACUGGAACGACAGAUCAUGUUUUACCUGGACAAGAAUGGCAAGACCAGUCCAAAUCGUAUAAGACUUCCAAUACAGCACCUACCCUUCGAACAUAUGAUAGUGAUCCAACAUUCGUCGUACCCGCCGAUUCGUCCCCUCUGCAUAUCUCACCUACUCAACCGCAAACCUUGUUUAACGACUCUCCGUUUGUUGGUGGAUAUAACAUGCAAUGGCCAGCGUCAACAGCAACAGCGACUGGCAUGGAACAAUCUUGGCAGAGUCGUCGAGAUAUGACCUCUGACGAAGAUAACGCUUCUGCACUGAGUUCAUCUACCAAUUCAGCUUUCUUAGAGCUUAACGACGCUCAAUUCAACCCAUUACAACAGCAUCAAAGAAGACGAUCAAGCGCUGGACAAUGGGCGAGUGCGUUAGCGCAAAUGUCAAUACAAGAUCCAUCAGGAAGUACUGAACAGUCCAUCAUCCCUCUUCCUGAGCCAUUUGCAAACACCCACAACAUCGGUGUUGAUCUUAAUUCAGCCAGUCAACAAGGAUCAUCUCGAAGGCCUACUUUCCCAACUUUGACAGGAGUGACCGAAGAACCCGACUUGGAAUCUCAACCUAUGCCAAGCUUGUCAGACGUUAAAGAUCUUUGGCGACUAUUCAUGACUGAACCCAUGGCUGGACUUACUCCACUUGGCGAGAAACAUAACGAUCUGGAAUUAAACACCAAUAGUGGUAUUCCCAACGGUCCUCUAAUCACUCCCAGACCAGGAUUAGGUAAACGUUCAUUGAGUAAAUCCAAUUCCAUGCCAGACUUGCAAUCUCCAAUCAUCAAUGGCCCCACGUUCUUCAACACUUUCCUCAAUGGAAUAACACCGAAACCUACCGAUCCUCAAAAUUCUUAUAUUCCGAACCAACAACCUGCCGCUGGAGGUCAUUCAAGUGCAAACGACAGUGGUGAUAUGAGGAAAUGGAAUAAGGAGAUACAACAAAGACAGUCAUCUUUCUCAUUACAAGGUCAACCUUAUAAGAUUGGUGGAAACAAGUCAAAUUCUCAGCAAUUCGCGGGCGGUUAUCAGAAUGCAAUAAAUUCAAUGGCUCCUCCUUCCAUGAAUAUCCAUCCGCAGGCGCAAUCCAAUGAAAACGUAAAUGCAAAUGCGAAUAGGGAUACGAACCAGAGGAUGAGACCGUUGCCAAGUGUAGUUCAGAGGUCAUCUGCAUUAGAGCAAACUCUUGCACCUGAAAGGAUACCUUCAUUCGGUGUUCCACAAGCUUUAUAUGAUAAUCAAUCUCCAGCUUCGACUUCGCUUACUUCCGCUUACAAUCAGAAUCAUUAUUCGACGAUACCUCCUGCACCCGCUCCUUCGAUUUCGAAAAGUAAAUUAAGUGGAGUUCCACCUCAUAUGGCCAGACCUGGAAAUAAAAGAUUAGCAAGUCAAACUUUAAUGGGCGAUAAUGAGAAGAAAGCUACUUUUGCUUUAUAUGAUGAAGAUGAUUCUUCGACAGAUAUCAAUAUAAUACCCUCUCAGCCUUAUUCUCACAAACAAACACAACAACCUCAACCUCAACCUCAACUUCAAAGUCAAAGUCAAAAUCAAAGUCAAGCGAAUUCAAUGUUUUAUCCUAAUUGGAGUUUGAAUCCUCAGAAUCAGCUACAUACCCAGCCUCCUGUAGAUGUCCGAAGGGGAUAA